UCAUCUGCUAUAAAUAGAUGCAUAAGAUAACACUCUCCAUCCUCAAAAAGAAAAACAGUAAACUCAGGAGAUAGUAAGUUAUGGCUGUUCACAGAGUUAGUUUCCUUGCUCUCCUCCUCUUAUUUGGAAUGUCUCUGCUUGUAAGCAAUGUGGAACAUGCACAUGCCAAGGCUUGUCCCUUUAACUGUGAUCCAAGAAUUGCUUAUGGGGUUUGCCCACGUCUAAAAGAAAAGAAGAACAAUCAAAUAUGCACCAAUUGUUGUGCAGGCACGAAGGGUUGUAACUACUUCAGUACUGAUGGAACUUUUAUUUGUAAAGGAGAAUCUGAUCCUAGAAAUCCAAAAGCUUGUCCCCGAAAUUGUGAUCCAAGAAUUGCCUAUGGACUUUGCCCACUUUCAAAAGAAAAGGACAAUCGAAUAUGCAUCAACUGUUGCGCAGGCACGAAGGGUUGUAACUACUUCAGUGCUGAUGGAACUUUUGUUUGUAAAGGAGAGUCUGAUCCUAGAAAUCCAAAAGUUUGUCCCCUAAAUUGUGAUCCAAGAAUUGCCUACGGACUUUGCCCACUUUCAGAAGAAAAGAAGGACAAUCAAAUAUGCACCAACUGUUGCGCAGGCACGAAGGGUUGUAACUACUUCAGUGCUAAUGGAACUUUUGUUUGUAAAGGAGAGUCUGAUCCUAGAAAUCCAAAAGCUUGUCCCCGAAAUUGUGAUCCAAGAAUUGCCUAUGGACUUUGUCCACUUUCAGAAGAAAAGAAGGAUAAUCGAAUAUGCACCAACUGUUGCGCAGGUAAGAAGGGUUGUAACUACUUCAGUGCUGAUGGAACUUUUGUUUGUAAAGGAGAGUCUGAUCCUAGAAAUCCAAAAGUUUGUCCCCUAAAUUGUGAUCCAAGAAUUGCCUACGGACUUUGCCCACUUUCAGAAGAAAAGAAGGACAAUCAAAUAUGCACCAACUGUUGCGCAGGCACGAAGGGUUGUAACUAUUUCAGUGCUGAUGGAACUUUUGUUUGUAAAGGAGAGUCUGAUCCUAGAAAUCCAAAAGCUUGUCCCCGAAAUUGUGAUCCAAGAAUUGCCUAUGGAGUUUGUCCACGUUCAGAAGAAAAGAAAAAUAAUCAAAUAUGUACCAAUUGUUGUGCAGGCAUGAAGGGCUGCAACUAUUUCAGUGCUAAUGGAACUUUUAUUUGUGAAGGAGAAUCUGAAUACGUAAGCAAAGUGGAUGAAUAUGUUCGUGAAGUGGAGAAUGAUCUCCAGAAGUCUAAGGUUGCUGUUUCCUAAGUCCUAACUAAUAAUAUGUAGUCUAUGUAUGAAAUAAAGGCAUUGACAAUAUGCUCUGUCUUGCCUGUAAUCUGUAAUAUGGUAGACCGGUAGUGGAGCUUUUCCACUUCUUGUGCUAGUUUUCAUAAUGUUUAAUAACAAAUGGAGCACUAGUUUGUUCUAGUUA